AGCAGCUUUCAAAUCAAAAGCACCAAAAACUCAGUUCAGCACACAAUUUGGACACUUAUAUUACCAAAAUUUCUGUUAUAAUUAUUUGUUAAAAAGUUAUUCAGUUAAAGUAUGUUUAAAAUACGCAGUUUAGCGCUCAUGAAACUGAGUGAAGGCGUUUUCGGUCCAAGACUAAUGGCCAAAUCGUCGAAGGAUUCGGGCAAGGAUUCCUGCAAGGGUGCCGAUUCCAAAAAGAAGAAAGACAAGAAGAAGAAGGAUAUGUGUGGCAGAACUGUUGUUCCCACUUCACCACGUUGCAAAAACAAACCCGGCGGCGCAGACAAAUCCAAAGAUGAGUGCAAGAAAAAGUAAAUCACUUAGACCCUUUAAC